CGGCAGUCAGCUUCGAGCUGCAGCGCGGUGUGGGUGUGUUCUUUCCUCAUUCUAUCUCUGUAGCGAUUCACGAAGCCGGUUAGCUUUUAGACGAGACAGUGUGUGCGUUGACCUUUGACAUUUUUCCUCUUUUCUAUCUUCAUUGACAAAGAACUCGACCUACGGCUCCUCGUGAGAAAGAUUCAUUUUAUAUCCUUUUUAUAUCUAAUCAUAUCGAGGAGCUCCUCGCCUUCCCAUUUUUCAUCUGAUCGUUCGAGAACACUGUGUCAAGGUCGCUGAUAGAACGGACUUUGGCCUCUUUGUGAACUCGGAGCAUGGAAAACGAAUUUUUAAAACGUUUCUGCUCCUCGUUGUCUUUGUCGUCUUCGUUAUUCUCGCGGUCGUCAACGUCGUUGGUAUAAACAGAAGUUGAUGCGUACUCCUCUAUGUGCGUGACUAUCUACGGAGUAUGCUUCUUUUAGAAAAAUAAUACGCAAUUACUACGCAUCUUGUGCCAUUGUCCUCACCUCUCCUUUUCCUCUUUUGGGAUCUGGUACACGGUUUCAAGGUCGACAAUCUUACGGAGUGAACGAUCGCAGUUCUUCCGCGGGAAUAGCGCGAUCUGUGACUCCAGAUAGAGAUCGGAUUGAAUCAGCUGGACCAAAUAAGAGGAAAAUAAAGAAAAAUACAGAGAGAGAGAGAGAGAGAGAGAGAGAGAAAGGAAGGAAAAGAAGUUGCAUAGACUUUGUUCCGAUUUACGAAGAUGUGACAAUGACCAUCGUCAUUUUCGUCGCUGCAACGACACCAUUGCAUUGUUUAUUGAAGCUUCUUGAUGAUGACGCAGUUAUCAACAUAAGGACAACUUGGGAACUUUGGAUUUAGUCAACGAAGAAUUUUGAUUACGACGGAAACGAAACAAAAGGAAAGGAAAACGACAACUUUAUUCCGCAAUGGAAUAUUUUCCUUUCUUUAUUAAUCCUUUCAUUUUCCGUUCAAUGUCACAUGAAAAUCAUUGAAGAGAGAUCGAUCGUACAAGUGCUCGCAGUCAAGAACGAACAUGACAAAGAAUGAGAAUAGGUUUUUUUUCUGUAGUUGUUUGCAACGACGACGACUUUCUAACGACGUGUAGUAAGCUCCAAAAAGAGAAAAAAGAAAGAAAAAAAUGUGGUCCCAACAACAACAACAACAGCAACAGCAACAGCAGCAGCAGCAGCAGCAACAACAAAAACAACAGCUUCAGCAACAGCAGCAGCAACCACGGACUUACUUGAGAGGAUUUGCCUUUCAACAUCCACAGCAACAGAACGUUCAUCUCGGUAUCGUCGGCGUCGACGAUACGCCGCAGCAUCAGCAUCAACACCAUCAUCAGCUUCAACAUCAUCUGAGGGGAUCGAGUGGCAUGGAUCUACCGUUGUCAAGUAAUCCGCGUGCUUCACGAAAUAUGGCGGAGAAACAACGCCGAGAUAAUCUUAACACCAAUAUCUCGACGAUGGCGGCUCUCGUUCCUACCGUCGCCGGAAGUUCUAGAAGGAUGGACAAGAUAUCUAUCCUGAGAUUAACUGCUGCCUAUUUAAGAACGCAAUACACUCUUGGUCGUGGAUCGGCCGAUUUCCUGCCAAAGAAAUUCAACGAUUUGGACGUGGAACAAUACUUUGUAGAUAAAUCAUUUUUAUUGCUUCGACAGAACUUAAUCGGCCAUGUUGGUUUCUUCAUUGUCGUAACUACGGCAGGAAAGAUCGUUUACGUUAGCCGGCAGGUGGAACGUCAACUUGGUCACGCUCAGAAAGAAUUAACGGGACAAUCUUUGUAUCACUUCGUUUAUCCUGAGGAUCACAAGGAGUUAACGAAAAAUUUAACGCCCGAUGAAAUGCAACCGAUGGUCGGUAGUUCGACCACGGACGUCGAUAACAGUUCCAAUUCCUCCGAGGAGUCAACCUCGACGACGUCGCAAAGGAACACCGAGAGGAGGUCUUUUCGCGAGCAGAGACGGAGUUUCAAAUUGCGAAUGUCACAACGGACAGUUUCGAGACGAGAACAUACGCAGUAUGAGUGUCUACAUGUGUCGGGGGUUCUUAGGCUCGCGGAUGCUUGUAAAAAUUUUGACAAUCGUGCACGACAUCGAGAGACUACAUCGACAAGCAACGACAUCAUAUUCGUCGGUAUGGCAUGGCUACCCAAGAAACGUCCUAUCACCGAAAUCUCCAUAAUAGAUGCUAAUAAACAAGAGUACGUGACGCGACACUUGGUGGACGGUCGUAUUAUUUACUGCGAUCAUAGGAUAUCUAUUGUGGCAGGUUACCUAUCCGAGGAGGUUUCUGGUUUAAGCGCUUUCAGUUUUAUGCACAAGGACGACGUUAGAUGGACCAUCAUUGGACUUCGCCAAAUGUACGAUCGUGCAGAACCUUGUGGUUCAUCCUGCUAUAGGCUUCUUUCGAAGACUGGUGAGUUCAUUUACCUAAGGACCCAUGGAUAUUUGGAAUACGACAAAAAUACUCAAACCGUUGAAUCGUUUAUCUGCAUC